CUUUGAUAUUCCGUCAUGGCGCCCAUGCUACGUAAACGACUACAAUUACCCACAAAGCCUCAACCAGGAAGUGGAGUCGUUAUGUCAACAGAUAUGAGGAGCUGUCGACAUGGACGUUCCAGUCUUGUUUAACAGAACGUCUUCUUCGGGUUUAAAGUCGCUGUUUUGAAAAUGAGAGGCGUUAGCCAUAAAGUUGUGCUGCUGUCCCUUUUGCUGUUAUUCGUGUAUCCGUGCGUACCAGCGCGAGUUGAGAGGGAAGAGUCGUUGGACCUGCUUGAGAGAGAUGACGGAGGGGAUGUGCACCAUCAGGAUAACACACCAGCUGAAAGCCAGCAAACAUUAAUAAAACAUGGACCGGAAGAUGGAGUCGAUACAAACGAAGAGACGAAACAGAAAGAUGGGCAGGCUGUCAGCAAGUCCAAUAGCACUGAGCCCUACAGCAAUGAGACCCUCCACUCUACAACAUCUACUGUCAAGCCGACGACCCUGGCGCCACCAACCGCUAAGCCCAUCUUACCUGUGCAGACAGGGGUCAAGGCCCAAGAAGAAGAGCAGUCCAGCGGGUUGACCAUAUUCUUCAGCCUGCUGGUUAUUGGUAUCUGCAUCAUAUUGGUGCACCUGCUUAUCAAGUUCAAGCUGCAUUUCCUUCCAGAGAGCGUGGCUGUUGUGUCCCUUGGGAUUCUAAUGGGAGGCUUCAUUAAGAUCAUCGAGUUUCAGGAACUGGCCAACUGGAAGGAGGAAGAAAUGUUUAGACCCAACAUGUUCUUCCUUUUGCUGCUGCCGCCCAUCAUCUUUGAAUCUGGAUACUCUUUACAUAAGGGUAACUUCUUUCAGAACAUUGGCUCCAUUACGCUCUUCGCUGUGAUCGGAACAGCCAUCUCUGCCUUCAUAGUCGGAGGAGGUAUCUAUUUCCUCGGCCAGGCUGAUGUGAUCUAUAAAAUGUCCAUGACUGAUAGCUUUGCCUUUGGCUCACUGAUCUCAGCUGUGGACCCUGUAGCUACCAUCGCUAUCUUCAACGCCCUCAACGUGGACCCAGUCCUCAACAUGCUGGUCUUCGGUGAGAGCAUUCUCAAUGACGCUGUCUCCAUCGUCCUCACAAACACAGCAGAGGGUUUCUUUUCCCGCUCAGACAACUCCAUGGUAACCGGGUGGGAGACUUUUGUGCAGGCACUGGGCUACUUCCUAAAAAUGUUUUUCGGCUCUGCUGCCCUGGGAACCCUCACUGGACUCAUCUCGGCUCUUUUUCUGAAACACUUUGAUCUGAGAAAGACUCCUUCACUGGAGUUUGGUAUGAUGAUAAUCUUUGCGUACCUCCCCUAUGGCCUGGCUGAAGGCCUCAAACUGUCUGGAAUCAUGUCCAUCCUGUUUGCUGGAAUCGUGAUGUCUCACUACACCCAUCACAACUUGUCACCUGUCACACAGAUACUCAUGCAGCAGACACUGCGUACAGUAGCCUUCAUGUGUGAGACAUGUGUGUUUGCCUUUCUUGGUCUUUCCAUCUUCAGCUUCCCUCAUAAAUUUGAACUAUCCUUCGUCAUCUGGUGCAUAGUCCUGGUUCUUCUUGGUCGAGCCAUAAACAUCUUCCCUCUGACGAUCCUUCUGAACUUCUUCAGAGACCACAAGAUCACACCCAAAAUGAUGUUCAUCAUGUGGUUUAGUGGUUUGCGAGGUGCCAUCCCCUAUGCAUUGAGUCUCCAUCUGGGCCUGGAGCCCAUUGAGAAGCGGCAGCUUAUCGGCACCACCACCAUCAUCAUUGUACUCUUUACCAUCCUUCUCAUGGGGGGUGGGACCAUGCCCCUCAUCCGCAUCAUGGACAUUGAGGAAAGUCAGUCACGACGUAAAAACAAGAAAGAUGUGAACCUCAGCAAGACGGAGAAAAUGGGUAAUACCAUCGAGUCAGAGCACCUAUCAGAACUGACAGAGGAGGAAUACGAGGCUCACAUCUACCAGAGACAAGACCUGAAGGGCUUUAUGUGGCUUGAUGCAAAAUACCUUAACCCCUUCUUCACUCGCAGGCUCACCCAAGAGGACCUGUUACAUGGCCGGAUCCAGAUGAAGACCCUGACCAACAAGUGGUACGAAGAAGUUCGCCAGGGGCCCUCCGGCUCUGAGGAUGAGGAGGAUGAAGCAGAACUUCUGUGAACCGAACAAACAGUUUCAGUUCACAUGAAAACAAUGAAAGGACAUUGUGUGUCCUGGGCUGAGGGUGUGUGUAUGUGUGAGCAAACAAGCACUCUUUUCAGUGUCAGUCACAUGCGCGUCUCAUUUGUUCACCUGCCUCCAACUUAAUGUGACAGAAGAGCCUCAGUCAGGGCCCACAGUGCAUAUUUAGUUCACAGGGUGGACUGGAAUGUGUCAAAACCACUUAUAGUGGAAAACUGUAACACUGAUAAAGCAGAGUAACAGCCUGUGAAGAUGAUGUUCCUUAUAUGAAUGCCAUAUUGUUACUUGCUAGAAAGAAACAAUGUCAGUGCAGUUUAUCUCCUCCCAGGUGUUUAUUUUAUAAAGGGUUUCGUCUGAAAGUAAAGAUGGCAGGGAACCUGAGAGGAAAUUGUUAAUGUCAAGCAAUACUAGUGCACCUUUUCACUUUUCUCUUGACUUUGUAUUCAUUUCUACGUGGCACCAGCUGCUUUAAGCUCUGCUGGGAGCUUUUACUUAACGUCAGGGGAAUGAUGCACCAUAAUGCCACUAAAGGCUCAACAUUUAAAGUGGAAUUUGUAAUGAGCCACAGGUAGCUGCUGUGAAAAGAAGUUUCCUGUUGAACUAUAUUUAAUUACCUCCGGGUCCCCACAUUAGUAUGCAUUAAGGUUUCCGAGUUAACACGUAUAUUCAUACAUAUGUAAUGAAGAUAAAACACCAGGAGUGACACAUGAGCUACCACUAUGCCUGCCAGCAUCGAGGCAAAAAACAGAUAUGCAGUAGAGGGAAAACUAAUAAUUUGGCUUACAGGAGAAUUAUGCUCCAGAAAAUUAGAAUAUCGUUUACAUUUCCAAGUAUGGUUCAUGUUUGGUUUCCCCAAAUUAAAUCGUGUGUUAAUUUUAAUUAUCUUGCCAUGGGAUUGUGUAUGAAUUUGAAAUGUUGCUUUAGUGAUUUUCAUGUUGGAUUUCUAAUGAAGACGGGCACCAAUGAAUGUGCGGGUAACUGGGUAUUGUGAAUGUUUAUGUAUUUUUUUUUUUGUAUUAUUUAUCUGUCAAAUAUCUAUGUGCUGUUUGUGGAAUAAAGGCUUUUAUAUGAGCUCUAUGAGCACUGCAGAAUUAUCAAAAAAAAUCUAUAAUAAAAUAUUUAAAUGGUA